AUGAUUGGAGAUGGACAAAAUUCUAAACCAAUGCAACAUGAUAUUAUACUACAGCUACAUGAAGGACCAUUAAAAAGGAUUUCGGAAUUACAUCGUGCUUAUCAACCAUUGCAUUAUGUUCUUAUGUUUCCAAGAGGUGAAGACGGAUGGUAUCCCUAUAUUCCUACAGUACAAACAUCUUUUUCUACAUCUACACAAGAAUCUGUAGAUGCUGAAUUUUUUUCAUUUGAUGAUGCUGAUCAG